CAGAAACUGCCAGACACUUUUCAGGACAACACGGGCAACUAUUUUACAGUAGCUAUUUUUGACUUUUAUUAUAAUUUAUCAAAUUACUUCACAGAGCAGAAGCAACAAUACAGCUGUCUUUAAAGAAAGUAUGUCACUCUCCAACUCUCUGCGAUAUCUCUGUGUGCUCACGAUUGCUCUUUGGUGCAGCACUUGCUUCUCUGAAGCCAUCCCGUUCAACGCAUCCAUGGAGGGCAGCGGAGACGAACCCGAACUCAUCUUCCCCAUCCCUCGAACCACACACAUCCCCCCAUCCCCCUCCCCUGCUCCAAACAUUACCGCCACCUUCAUCCGCAUCAAAGACUUCAUCUUCAACGACUUGGUGGACUUCCUGAAAGAAAACAUGCUCCUCAUCAUCGUCGUGACUUGUCUCUUAGUAGUUAUUAUCUUCAUCGUCUGCUGUGCCUCAGCAAUGAGCCACAAACGCAAGCUGGAGGCCUAUUAUCCACCGAAGACCUACACACCCAGGAAAUACAUAAAUCAACCAAAUAAAGCCAUGGAGAAGCCACAGCAGACUAAGCCCCAUCACCAGGAUGGCCAGACGACUAGCGGCAAGCCCCUACGAGAACCCACUAAAGCAUUAGUGGGGGAAAAGGAAGGGAAAGACCCACGGCCCAAGCCAAAGGAAGUCCAGCAGGUGGUGGAUGUUGAAGAGGUGGAGAUGCAGAAAGAUGAACCAAAGAACCCUCCACCGAGCACCUCAAAUGGCACCUCCAGUCAGCCUCUGGUCUGUACUUGUCACCUAAGAAAUGCCAAUCCUUCCAUAGCAUGAGAGUUUUUCACCUAUAACUAGAAACAACAUUGAUUCAAAACUUUUUCAGCUGUUCGGUAAAUGAAUCUUAAAUGAAUCAAAAUUAAUACCCUGUUUUGUUUGUUUGGCAACCUUUAUUAUUUGUGUGUUUGUGGCAAAGUCAUUUCUUAUGUCUUUAAAUAUACAUUUUCAUUAAAAGAACAAAUAAAUUGCUAAUUGACAACAUUAAUAUAUAUUUAAAAUAAGCUUGAAGACCUGA